AAAGCCUACCAAAUUCUCUGUUGUAUGUAGGCACUGCCAAACCGCGUGCUUUUCUAUAUCGAAUAAAAGCAACUCAGUCACCCUCUCCUCCUUCUCUCUCUACCGUUUCUUGCAUCAACUAACCUCUGUUCACAAGUCUUCGGUCGUCUUUUAUCAACAAUCUUCCCUUGGACGACCAAUACUGGGUUUUGUCUAACACACUUGAUCUCUCUAUUAAAACUUCUGGUUUUCAGCUAAGAAGUGGGUCCUCCAUUGCUGCCCUCAAGAUGUUCUCAUUGCUUGAUUCUGGUAAAAGACCCAAAAAUGGUUCAUAAAGCUGACUUGGUAAUUAUCGGCAUCUCUGUUGGUGUGGCUGUUGGCAUUGUUAUCGCAUGUCUUGUGUUUUUCGGAGUCCGAUGGUACAAAAAGCGUGGUCAUCUUCAGCGGUGUGGCAAUGAGCGCUCUAUAGCAAUUCUUCCCAUCCGCACAAAUGGCUUAGGUACAAGUGUUGACGUAAGUGCAUGUCUCUCGAAUUCUGUGGCUGUUAAGGGAGCAGAUGAUUCUGUGAAAAACUCUCAGCACUCUUGGUGGAGUUCCCGGAGUAAGGACCGGCUUGCUUCAGCUUCCGGCAUACCAAGAUACUUGUACAAGGACAUCCAGAGAUCCACUCAGAACUUCACAACUAUUUUGGGACAAGGAUCUUUUGGUCCAGUUUAUAAAGCUAUAAUGCCUGCGGGUGAAGUAGUUGCCGUUAAGGUUCUUGCUUCUAAUUCAAAACAAGGAGAGAAGGAGUUCCAUACAGAGGUAUCUCUCCUAGGAAGGCUGCAUCACCGAAAUUUGGUGAACUUGGUUGGAUAUUGUGUAGAUAAAGGCCAACGCAUGUUAAUUUAUCAGUUCAUGAGUAAUGGAAGCUUGGCGAACCUUCUAUAUAACGUCGGUGAAGAGGAGAGAGCUUUGAGUUGGGAAGAAAGGCUCCAAAUUGCACUCGAUAUAUCACAUGGAAUUGAAUAUCUUCAUGAUGGGGCAGUCCCACCUGUCAUACAUCGUGAUUUGAAGUCUGCUAAUAUAUUGCUAGACCAUUCCAUGAGAGCAAAGGUUGCUGAUUUUGGGCUGUCCAAGGAAGAGAUUUUUGAUGGCUGCAAUUCGGGCCUUAAAGGUACCUAUGGCUACAUAGAUCCCGUGUACAUAGCAACAAACAAGUUCACAAUGAAGAGUGACAUCUAUAGUUUUGGUAUUAUUCUAUUUGAACUCAUCACGGCCAUCCAUCCACAACAAAACUUAAUGGAAUAUGUCAAUCUUGUAAGUUCUUUGAUAUUCACAUCAGAUUUCAUCUCUUGUGAUGCUUUCUCUGCUAUAUAUUCUAACUUUGUUCCCUUUUUGUUAUUACUCUUUAAGGCGGCUAUGAGUUCGGAUGGUGUGGAUGAAAUACUUGACAAUAAACUUGUUGGGGAAUGUAACCCCGAAGAAGUAAGGAGACUGGCUAGCAUUGCUCACAAAUGCUUGCACAAAACACCCAAAAAGCGCCCGUCAAUUGCAGAAAUUUCACAGGCUAUACUAAAGAUACAACAGAGGCGUCUUGUGAGAGAAGAUGCUAUUUCUUUUGCGGGAGACGAUAUUUCAGGAGUGAUGAGCCGGAUAGAGCAUCAACAAGUGGAGCUUAGGAAAAUGACCAGCAUAGAUGAGAGGGUAACUGAAUGACAGUUAUUUUUCCCCUUGUUUUUUUUUUUUUUCCUUCAAAUUUUCUUUUUCACUGCACCCUGUGAUUUGCUCAAAUAGAACCGGCGAUAGAACACAUCACAAGGUAUAUGUAAAAGUACAAAUGAGCUGCUUCUACAGAAUGAGUAUUCUAGAGAUUAUGAAUGCUUGAUAUUGGCAAAGGUUCUACCCCUUACAUGGGUCAUUGCUUUCCCCUUGACACACACAGACCUUUUGAAGUUCUUAUUCCUGGGGUUGAUAAUUUAGCGGAGUUAUUCGAGUUUGAUUUGGAUAGGACUCGAUUCAAGUUUGCCUUGUGUU